AUGACAUCAUCAACAUCAACUUCGACAUCAUCAACAUCAACUUCAACAUCAACUUUACCAAAUACGAUGUUUCGUCAAGAUUCUCAAGAAUUAUUCAAUAGAUUUACAAAACAAAAUCAACCACACCAAGAGAAAUUAAAGAAAUUACAACAGGGCCAAAAUCAAAUACAAAAUUCAUCAUCAUCUACUUCAUUAAAUUCUCAACAUCAAAAAAGAAAUUCUUCAUCAUAUUUUUCCAUAGAAGAAUUAUUAAUUGAAAAAUUAGAUUAUUUCGUAACUUCAAUAGAGAUAAGAUUAAACAACUUUGAACAAUAUUUUAAUUUACAAAAUGAUGUUAAGAAAUCUAAAUUAAUAGAGAAAAAAGAAGAAGAAAAUGGAGAAGAUCCAUCAUCUUCUUCUUUGUCAUCAUCGAGGAGAGGCUCAUCAUCGAGUUUAAACAAUUUAAAAGAAAUAUCACUAUUAAAAUUAAAUACUGUAAGAGAUAGAUUAUACCUUAUCAAAAAAAAUGUAUUAAGUAAAGGUUUUACAAAUUUAGAAUCAUUAUAUAAUUUAUUAGAUGAUCAAUAUAAUUAUCUAUUCAAUGAAUUAUCAAUAAGUUACAAUGCAAUAGAGUCAGAUGAAGAAGAUCAAGAAGACAUAAGUCAAAAAUCAUCAUCAUCAUCUACAAUAACAACAAGAGAAAUGUUAUCAAAUAAAAUAAUAAAUACAAUAUCAUAUUUCGAUGCAAAAUUAAUCAAAAUUGAUGAUUAUCUCAAAGAAAAAUAUUCUAUCUUUGAUGAAGACGACAAUAAUACAAUAAUGUCAAAUCCAAAUUUAAGAAUUAAUUUACAACAAUCAUCUUCUGAAAUAUUAGAUAAAUUAAAAUAUUUUAAUUUUAAUAGAGCUUUAAAAAAUGCAGAAAAAUUUAACAUGAUACAUUAUUACGAAUUACCUUUAUUAUGGAGAGAAAAUAAAUUUAUAAUCAAUGGUUAUAGAUUUUCUUUAAAAAAUACAACUAUACUAAAGUCAGUAUUUAAAUUUCACAAUGAAACUAUGAAUAUAUGGUCUCAUUUAAUUGGAUUUUUCGGAAUGUUAUAUAUUUCCCUAGUUCAUUUCCCAUCAACUAAAAUUUUUCAAAAUAAUUCAUUUUAUGAUAAUUUAACAAUGUAUGCAUUUUUAGGAGCUGCAAUUACUUGUUUAGUUAGUUCAUCAAUAUGGCAUACAUAUUCAUGUUGUGCUCAUUUCCCAACAAGAUCAAAUUUUGCAUGUAUUGAUUAUUCAGGUAUAACUAUUUUAAUAAGUUUUUCAAUUGUAACAGUUGAAUAUUGUGCUUUAUAUAAUCAUCCUACUUUAUUAAUUUAUUAUAUGAUCUUUUCAGUUUUGUGUUGUAUUUCAGGAUUUAUAUUAAAUUGGUCAUCAUAUUUUGAUAAACCUGAAUGUAGAUCAUUAAGGAUAGCAUUUUUUGUUGGAUUAAGUUGUUCAGGAGCUUCAGCAUUAUUAUGUCAAUCAUAUUAUGAAGGUUUAUUAUACCUGUUAAAAUUUUUUAUUCCACUUUGUUAUAAAUCAUUUUUAUUUUAUGGAAUUGGAGUUGUAUUUUAUGGAGGAUUAAUACCAGAAAGAUGGAGAUAUGAUAUAAUUAUAGAAGAACAUAAUCAACAACAUAAAAAUUUCCACACAUAUGACGCAAAAGAUAUAUUGGAAGAUAAAAUAGGUCAUUCAGGAGAAGAAGAAAUUAAUGAAAUUCAAGAAGAAAUUGAACAAAUUAAUGAACCAAAAGAACAAGUGAUACAAACUUUAAAUCAAUCAGAACAAUCAUCAGAAGAUAAUGAUGAAAAAAAAAUUGAAGACGAAAAAUUUAGUAAACUUUUAAAUAAGCAUUUUAAAAAUUCACCAAUAAAAUCUCCUUAUGCUAAUAAUUUUAUGAGUUUAUGGUGGGUUGAUUAUAUGUUAUCAUCUCAUAAUAUUUGGCAUGUUUGUGUUGUGUUGGGGAUAUUAGGUCACUAUAGUUGUGUUUUGGAAAUGUUUAAUUCCAUUAAACAGUAA